GGACAUUCAGAGGGCCAGCGAUUGUUCUACAAUUUUGUGGAAACUUUCUUGGGACACCGCAAGAGAGGUAUGGAUAAUGAUCAUCGUGAUUCUGUCAUAACUAGUUUUAAACUUUCCAUGGAUGAAUAUGACUGGAGCAAUGCUCACCGCAUAGAUAGAUGGUUAGGUUUUGUAGUUGAAAAUAGAAUGAUCAAGAAAUUGAUCUUUUGUUGUGGGAAGAGGAUGAUGAGAAUGGUACCAUGUACUACCCUAUAGCUUACCUAAACCACUAUUCAAUGCAAGAUAUUUGACUAUUUUGGAUUUGGCUAGGGUAGAGUUGGAUUGUCGUUACUCAUUUAGUUUUCCAUAUUUGAAAUCUUUGAAAAUGACCAUUGUUCGGCUUGCAGAAAAAGAUGUGUUGGCCAAGCUGUUGUUGGGUUCCCCUUCUCUUGAGAGAUUGAAAUUAAGCUGUUUAACUAGUGAUCAUAAGCUCCACAUACUUAGUGAUAAUUUAGGCUUGAAGUUCUUGGAUGUUGUAGUGGAUGACAAUAUAGUAGUUGAGCAAAUUGAAGUGGUAAAUCUUGAAACUGUGAUGCUAUCUGGUGUUUCCUUUGACAGAAUAAAUCUCUCUGUAUGCAAGACAAUUAGAAUCCUCAAGUUAACUUGUGAUUAUUAUAUGAAAGAGUUGUCUGUUAGAAUUAUUUAUUUGUGGACUAAUAUAAUACCAUAAUCACAAUCAUUAACUAUGUGCCCAAUAUUUAUUCACUACCAUAAUGGGAUGGUUAAUAAUUAAUAAAUGUAUUAGAGGCACAUGGGAGCACCCUAAAACUAUAAUUGGUCCAUUAAAUUAUAGUCCACCACUAAUUAUACUUAUUACCCCAAUAAGCCUAAUAUAACCCCUUAGGGUUAAGUGUUGUAUAUGAAAAUGGUAAUAUGUGUUUAGUAUGAGUUAAGAGAGGGUGUGUGGUGAAAAGAAAAGGGUUUGCUCUCAUAGGUUCUCUUCUACCAACUUGGUGAUUAUCCACAUUGAAUUGAAGGUUUUGGUGUCUUAGCAACAAAUGGAGAAUACCAAUAUGGGAGGUAUGUGUUUUACAUUUGUGAUGCUCUAAAUAAAGUAUAGAUUUUGGUUUUAAUGAUUAUGAACAAGUUUAAUGUAUGUUUGGAUAGUUCAUAAUCUAUGUGAAUGUUUAACAUUGUCAUCAUUAGAAAAUAUCAUUUCAAAUCUUCCUCUCUUUGAGGAUUUGACUUUGAGCAAUGAUCAAUGCUCGGGAUUGAAGCGUAUUAACAUCUCGAGUGAAAGUCUGAAAGGUUUUCGUGUAAAUAACCCUUGUGAUUACGAAACGAAUGUUAUAGUUAAAUCAGCUCCGAAAUUAGCAUCAUUUUGUUAUAAAGGUAGUUUCAAAUUUAGUAUAACAAUGGAGUCAUCCAAUUUGUUGAAUGGGACAUUCAUAAUUCUUUCGUGGCCGUGGCGUGAGAACUUUGAUGGAGAUUGGUUUAUCAAUGUGUUGAAUUUUCCUUUGAAUCUCAAUUGUUCAUGGAAUAGGGUAAGCCUGCAUGUUGAGUCAGUUAAGGCUCUCAUCUUCCCCGAAAAAUUGAGGAGGGCAUGUCCUUCUUCAUUGCUUAAUUGGGAGCAUAUAAGAGUGUUUGCUCGACGUGAACUACUGAGAGAAUCAGAAUUGAGAGACGCUCUGUUGUGGAUGUCUCCUUCUUUAAAAGCAUUAUCUAUAACAAAACGGUCGUCUUCUACCUACUUUUGUUGAUGAAGAUUAUACUUUUGUUGGAUAUAUACAAGGCUGGCUACUUAGGUUACUGUGUUGAUUUGUUUAUUCUCUUCUUGGUUAUGCAUUUUAUCGUUGUUCACUGCUUAGGUUGAAGCUAAUCUCAAGGUUUUGACAACUUG